AUGCAGUCCGAAGACCCGACAGAACUCUAUCUUCCUCAGUCAUUCCCUUUUCCCAUAAAAAUCGUCUCUCUCGAUAUAAAGCCAACAGAAUGGGUCGAACCCCGCACGCGUUUGCUCAGCUAUUCCUUCGUUUACCUCCCGAGAACACAGGAUGCAAAGCCAGAGACACGCUACGGUACCUGGGAUUGCCCCAUUGAAGGCACACUCAAGACAUGGAAUAUCAAGGUUGGCGACGUGAUUUCCAAGGACAAAGCUCGCGCACAACCAGCCCUGGUCAUCCUAGAGCCAUGUAAACAUAGCACACAGAUCCACGGCCUAUGCGCCAAUUGCGGCAAAGACGUGACAAUUGUCGACUACACCGGUUUCUCCCAUGCAUCCAGAGCUGGUAUUCAGAUGACGCACUCUGCGUUCGGACCUACCGUUUCCUUCGAGGAAGCGCAACGGAUAGAACGCGAGACAGCCGAACACCUCCUCAAGUCCCGUAAACUAUCUCUAAUUGUCGAUCUGGAUCAGACCAUCGUCCAUGCGACAGUCGACCCGACCGUUGGCGAGUGGAUUGCGGAAGGCGAGGCUUGGGAGGCACGGCAGGAAAGGAGGAACAAGGUCAAGACAACCACACCAGACAGCGAUGACUCGGACAGCUCGGACGACUCUGACGAUGAUGAAGACGACGAGUGCAAUCCCAACUGGGAGGCUUUGAAAGACGUCAAGAAAUUCACCCUCGGUCCAGAGUCGUUUAAUGCGCCUUCUGUGAAAGGGAGGUCAAAGGGAAAACAUAGGAUGGUUGAACAAGAGGGAUGCAUGUACUAUAUCAAGCCUCGGCCUGGCUGGAAAGAGUUCCUCGAGAAUGCGGCCAAAAAGUACGAAAUGCACGUCUACACGAUGGGAACCCGCGCGUACGCGCAGGAAGUCUGCGCGGCUAUUGAUCCUGAUGGCAAGCUUUUCGGAAGCCGUCUCUUGAGUAGAGACGAGAGUGGAAGUUUAACGCAGAAGAGCCUUCAGCGGCUAUUCCCUUGCGAUACAUCUAUGGUUGUCAUUAUAGAUGAUCGUGCAGAUGUAUGGGAAUGGAGUCCAAACCUACUCAAGGUCAUACCUUACGACUUCUUCGUUGGUAUCGGCGAUAUCAACUCGACAUUCUUACCGAAACUAGACGCAGCUAGCCUCCCUACCGCUCCGAAAGCCAAAGACAAGGCAACACCUUCACUAGCCUCUAACGGAACGACCGCCAAAGCCGAGACCCCACCCAAUCCUGACGACCUACCCGAGUCCAAACCCGGAGAGGAACCCGAACCCGAACCUGCCCCAAAGGACAUUUUGGUGACACAGAAUAACGCUGCUUUGGAUGCUCAAUUGGAGGAGCGGCCGUUGGCAAAGAAGGAAAAAGAGCUGCAGGAACACGAGGCGGCUGAGGCUUCAUCGUCGUCUUCUGAGAGUUCCGCAUCAUCUGAAUCUCACACAGAGGCCCAACCCCAUCCUCAUCAUCAUCGAAAGGCUCUCCUCAAGAACGACGACACAGAGCUACAGCGUAUCGGAAUGCUCCUUGAUGAAGUGCAUAGCCGCUUUUACAGAGAAUACGACGCUCGCUCCUCGGACAAUGACAAACGGAGACCGUCCUUCGGCUCUAAGCAUAAACCAUACGACGUUACGCUCGGGACGGUCAAAGUCGACAUGGCUCGCAAACGCGGAGGAAUCCUAGUUGUCUCACAAGGGUGGUUAGCCGACUCGAUCGCGCAGUGGCGACGCAUGGACGAGAAACCGUAUUUAUUAGACGACCCUUCCUUUCCGGUGCUCGAUCUACCAGCGACAGAGACAACAACCCACGACACACCGACAGCUGACGACGAUAUGUUUGGAAUCUCGGACACGAUGACAACGGGUGCGCCGUUGAUCGAUCUUUCAGCCUCGGAUUGGGCGGAUUUGAAUGACGAAGUUGAGGCUGCUAUGAAUGAGAGUGAUGAUGGGGACGACGAUGAGGACGGGAUGAUGGAUGGGUAUAGGAGCGAGAAUGCGUCUGAGGCGGACGAGUGGGAAGCAGUAGGCGAUGAUGCUAGUGUUAAGAGUGCGGGGAGCUCGCCGGGAGGGUUGAAGCGGAAACGGCUACGGAGUACAACGCCUUCGGAGACCGGCGGUGCUGACGAAGCAGACCUUCUACGGUCCCCUCUAGCGAAGCGGAAGAAGAUUGCGCUGGAGCGCACGGGGCUGUCGCGGCUGAAGGAGGGGAUUACGGCUACUGACCUCGAUGGGCAGAGUAAUGGUGAUAGCCCUGGGAGCCCUAUGGACGAACAAGGGGAGGGGCUCGAGGAGGAGGACGAAGAGGAGGAGGACGAUGAAGAAGAAGGGGAAGACGACGCUUUUGAUGACGAUGAUGAUUUCCUUGCUCGGGAACUUGAAAGCGAGUUGAGCUAA